GUUGACUGAUAAUUUAUGUCACCUUGAGACAAUUACGAGACUUUUAUGGUAUAUUAAUUGACUCUCCAAUCUGUCACAUUUGUUUCCGCAAUAGUCCAGCCUUCUUACGAGUUUUGAUGUCUAUCAAAUUACUACAUGUGUACUCUUCCAUUGCAAAAUUUAUUGUCAGACUCAGCGAUGAAAUAUAAAGUCGACCGCCCUCUGUUGGCACUGUAUGUGUUCAGAAGGAGCGAUUCUCUGGGAUUAAAACCUGUCAAACUGUUCAGCUAAAUAAAGCACAAUAGCCUGAGAACAUCAAUCAACGUUAUGUCACCGUGUGCUUAGUUUACAUCGAACCCCCUGUUGAACAAUCACACACACAGAGUAGCCUUUCCGAAUGCUUACAGUGACGACGAUGAUUUACACAUAUUUACAGACGCUGUGCCCAGUAGCUUUUUUUGCGGUGAUUCUGAUGUAUAAUCCUAUAAAUGGAAACCAUCAAGGCUGGCUGUCUCAGGCCACGUGCCCUUGCAAACCUGCAGGGACCUUAGCAAGGACUGUUCUGAAACUAUAUAGAGGACUUUUUGUAAAACCCAAGGAAGUUUACAACCUUCCGGUUAUAAAACCAGUUGGUGGUAGGAGUGAGCAUCAAGGGAAUUUAACAACAUAUACUGUUCACACAGUAACAAGUAAAGAGAAAAAAAUACCUUCUUGCUGUAAUACAGAAUAUGCAUUCGAGAUAUUUAAUAAAACUGACUUCAAUAAGAGAAUAUUGAAAGUGGUUCAUUUUCAAAAUGCCUAUCAGUUUGUUCCCACUGGAAUCUGUCCACCAAAGACAAAAUGUGGACAAGGAGAUUGUAUCCAGAGAUAUCGCCAUCAUUGGCUUCUUGUAUGGGACGAUACACUGCAGCAUUACCCCCCAGUGACAUUUAUUCCGGUAGAAAUCCCCUCUCAUUGUGAAUGUGCCAAUGUCGGGUCGUAGGAUACACGCCCGUUAAAAUUUUGGCAGAAAACGUAGUGAGCUAAAUGCCUUAAAUAAGUCUUACCCUUUAUGGCACUAGAAUUCAUUAUGAUUUCUCUAUUUUUGUGCUUUAUACGAUAGACUAUGUCGUGUCUCAAUGUUAUAAAAGCGUGGUUACGUGCAAAAAAAAGUUCAAAGGUUUUCAAAAUACAGGUGUAUUUUAAUGUGUCUACGGACAGUAAAUCCGGUGUUAAAUAUAUAUACAUAUAUAAAUAUGUUUAUAUUAAUGUGUAUCUUGUUUCCUCGGAAAUGAAGAGGAACUCAAACUGCAAAUUUUAUAUUAUUUUUUAUGCAUAUGUCAUAUAAUUCCUUUUUGUAGCGUGCCAUCAUAAUUUUUAUGCAAAUAUUAAGAUAGCGCUGAAUUCGCUAGAGAAACUAAAAUCGAUAUUAAUUCUAUCUGAUGUUUAUGUAUCCAUGUCAGAAAAUUGAUUUCUGCAACUAAUUGUACUCAUAGAUGUUUUGAUGGAAUUUUAAAAAUAUGAUGCAAAUGUCACACAAGUAAUCUACAAAUAAAAUUCCUGGUUUAGGUUAAAA